AUGGGUCUCUUAUCAGACCCUGAAUACGGUUCUGUGAAAUGGGUUAGGAUACUCAAGAAGAUACAUGCUCCUCUAUGUUUCAUCUUUUAUAUAGCAGCGAUUGCUUGGUUCUUUAUGUUAGCGAAUAAAGAGUUUAAUAACGAGACGUAUUUCUCCGAAAACGCGUUACUACCCGGUCUUGUUACCAAUGAAUUUAAUGGUGAACAUUCAGCUAAUCAAUUCUUUAAGGAGUUUCGGCAGGAGCUUGAGGAGAAAUAUGAAGAUACCGAUGAAAUGCCGGUACCAUGGUUGGUCGCUAAAAUGUCGCAGUUGGAUUUAGAAGUCUACACUCAUAACUUUACGUUAAAUUAUCCUCUCGGACAGGGACAGGUCUUUAAAGGUACAAACGUGUAUGGAAUACUCCGUGCACCUCGGACAUCAUCGUUGGAAGCAUUAGUCGUGACCGCUCCUUAUCGUUCCCUAUCCAAUCACCAAAAGGGCACCGAGGCUGGAAUCGCUCUCAUGCUGGCUUUCGCACAGUUUGCACGACCACAAAAGUAUUGGGCAAAAGAUAUUAUAUUCCUAAUAACGGAACAUGAACAACUUGGAAUGCAAGCGUGGCUAGAAGCAUACCACGGCUUACAAAGAGACUCGGCUAGUUUCUACACAUCUCUUGACCCUGGCACAUUAAAGGGAAGAUCUGGGUCAAUACAGGCGGCGAUAAAUUUGGAAUUUCAUACUCCUAAGUUUAAAUACAUAGAAGUUAAAAUCGAAGGUCUAAACGGACAAUUACCUAACUUAGAUCUCGUGAACUUGGUGCACAAGCUCUGUGUGAAGUCUGGAAUACAUCAUUCAUAUAAAAAUAGCUACUCCUGGAUUCGAACUCGGAAUAAAAUGGACGAGUGGGUCAACGGUAUUUGGACAAUGCUUGGUAUGGUAUCGGCUCAAAUUGCUGGGGUACCCAACGGUAAUCAUGGAUUAUUUCACCGGUUUGGAAUCGAAGCGGUGACCCUCGAAGGUAGAGAUGCAGAUGACCCAGCGGGGAUACCUCCUAGAGCACAUACCCUAAGUUAUGGAAACUUUUACCGACUUGGUAUAACGUUGGAGAGUGUUUUACGUUCGUUGAAUAACCUUCUGGAAAGAUUCCAUCAGAGCUACUUUUUCUAUAUGCUGGCAGCUACUAACAGGUUUAUUUCUAUUGGUCAAUACAUGCCAUCCUUGUGUUUGCUAUGUGGAGCGAUGUUAGUACGAGCUCUGUCACUUUGGGUGACCCUGCAAAAAGAUUACGAUGAUCAAGUAGAACAACCGGACAAAAAAACCGAAAAAGAAGCACAAGAUGAUGAAGAUGAUGAUUUAAAAGAUGAAGUAGAAGAUGAAAUGUUAAAAGAUAAGAUAGAAAAAGAUAAAGAUACAGAUACAGGCUUUAGUGUUUUUAAUAUGGGCGGUAAUUAUUUGUUGGUGCAUCUCUUGGGCUACGGUGUUAUGAAUUCGCCGUUAUUAUUUAGUCAGAUUGGAGCAAAAUAUUUCGACCAGCCAUCAGAAGUGUCCGUAUUCUAUGGCCUCAUAGCAAUAUCUAUAUUAUUAAUAAUAAUAACGCCGUGUUUCCUGAAACUCCGAUCUUCUCUAACGUUUGAAGAAAUGUCAAGAAUUAAUAUAUUAUUAUUAAUAGAACUGUCGACAGCGUGCUUGGCUAUCGGUAUGCAUAAUUAUCCACUGGGAUUGUGCAUCGCUGCCCUCUAUACGCCAUUGGCUUUGAUAGUUGGAGUCAUAGAUCAGAAACGGAGCGGUUUCUGGCUUUACCUCAAGCGUAUCUUCUGUCUCGCUCUACACCCACUGUUCAUAGUUAGUCUCGCUCUGAUCGUGUAUUCGCGGGUUCUAUUCCCGGAGGAGUCACUCUUGUCUAUGGUCGGUCGAGGUCGAGACGCGGCGAUGCAGGCUGUCAUGUUUUCUAUUGUUGACUCUAUGAUAUACGGAAAUUGGCUGUUUAAUGUGGGGUCGACAGUCAUCCUGCCUACGUGGCUGUUAUUCUGGCAGAUAUUGUGCAAUCGUGUUGCAACAUAGAAAUAUUUUUUUGUGUGUUGCCAUUCCAAAGACUUAAUAAAGUUUUUUUAGUUCAAAA